AUGGCUGCUCAGAGGUUACUCACAGAUACAAAUGGACCUUAUUACGGAAAUGGUAGUGGAAACUUUUCGACGACAAAUGGUCCCGAUGGUAAUAGCAAUCUAUAUUCUCAAACAUUUAGUAAUGAAACUUCUCCACAAUCAGCUCCUCAUCAUUUACAAACUCUUCUUGGAUCUAUUAAUGAAUCUUCAUCAACAACCAAUCAUUCGAACAGUGUCAACGUCGAUAAUCAAGUUAAACAACAAAAAGAUAUGAUUUACAGUCAUCCAUUAUUUCCAUUACUGGCAUUAAUCUUUGAAAAAUGUGAAUUAGCGACUUGUACACCAAGGGAUUUAGGUGGACCAGGAGAUGUUUGUUCAUCUGAAUCAUUUAAUGACGAUAUUGCUGAAUUUACUAAACAGCUUCAAAAAGAUCCAAAUUAUAUAACAACCAAUCCUGAAUUGGAUAAUGUGGUUCAUGAAUUAUGCGAUAAUUUUACUCAUCGUUAUAUAACUUGUUUAAAAGGAAAAUUACCAAUGGAUUUAGUAAUCGAUGAACGUGAUUCAAAUGUUUCAUCAUCAAAAUCUGGUGAUGAAGAUGAUCAAGAUGAUGAUCCAGGUAGUCCACAACCACCACAUGGACUUCCACCACAUCCUCCACCAACAUCAUCACGUUCAUCAUCUUAUAAUCAACAUAGUCCAGAUGGUUCAACAACACCAUCAGGAUAUAAUCUUCCUCAUCAACCUAAAUCUCUUCGAUCAUCAUCACAUUGUUCAUCGAUGACAACAACGUCACAAUUAACACCUCUUGUUUCACCACAUCAUUUUGGUCAUUCAUCUCAUCAUCAUCAUCUUCAACCACCACCACCACCACCUCCAUCAACACAUUUUCAACAACAAUUACCACUACCACCACCACCACCACAUCCAUCUUAUUCAAAUCAUCUUCUUGGUAAUAAUACUGGUCAUCAUCCAUCAGUUUUAACUCAUUUAUCUCAACAACAACAACAACAACAACAACAUUUUCAUCAACAACCAAAUCAUCAUUCAAUUCAUAAUGAUGAUACACAAUCGACACAUUCUUCGUCAGAUGCAAAUACUCCAAAUACAAAUCAAACAACAAUGACUAAUAUGGCAAAUACAACAAAUAGUUAUCAUAUACUACAUGAUAACAACAGUGAAACGGGUGACAAUUUUGAUAACAGUGUAGGUUCAGGUGGUGAUAAUACUGGUGGUGAAGAUGAUCUUGAUGAUAAUUCAAAGAAACGUCAAAAAAAACGUGGUAUUUUUCCAAAAGUUGCUACAAAUAUAAUGCGAGCAUGGUUAUUUCAACAUUUAACUCAUCCAUAUCCGUCCGAAGAACAAAAGAAACAAUUAGCUCAAGAUACUGGUUUAACAAUUUUACAAGUAAACAAUUCGUUGACUGAUACUCAAUGGUUUAUCAAUGCCAGACGUCGUAUAGUUCAACCAAUGAUUGAUCAAUCAAAUCGUGCUGCAGCUAUUCCAACUGAAUUUACUGAUUGUUUUGGUCCGUAUUCUCCUGAUGCAGCAGCAGCUGCUGCUAUGCAUUAUCAAUUUGGUGGUGGUUAUCCAACAGCACCUCAUGAUAUUUUUGGAUCUUAUGCUCAAAUGUCACAAUUUCGAAAUCCAAUGAUGAUGAUGUAUCCAGGUGGUUAUCCUGUAUCAACAAGUCCAAAUAGUAUGAUGGAUCAAAUGGGUCAUCAUCAUCAUCAACAACAAGAAUCAUCUGCAGUUACAAGUGGAGCUGCUUAA